AUGAAUGCCUUGGGUUCUGGCUGCUUGAUUCUGUUUCCAGAUUCUAUUAGCGAAUAUCUCUGGACAACGGUCUUGCCAGCGAAAGGGGACGUGUGGGACAAAGCUAUUCAAUUCCUUCGUAAACUUGGGCUUGUUUCUAUGUGCGAGAAAGAAGGCUGGAACAAUCUGGGAAACAACAUUUUACAGACCGUCCGCAAGCCGUUCCUCUCUUAUCUUGGACAAAAAUCUCAAAUCCAAUGGGCCGCGAACUCCCCACCAUUCCCUCCCUGCGAUACUGGUAUACAGGGACAUGAAAGACUUCUGCUUGAUUCAAGAAGGCUUGACACUGGUCGGGUGACUAAAUCGAUACCGAAGAAAAAAGUCAUGAGGCCACAGACGCAUCAACAAGCAUCUCCUGCAAUGAUCCAUCAGGACACUCGUUCGCUACUGCCCCUGGCCAUCAACGAUCAAGGACGGGGUCCCCUCGCUGAUGUGUCACUAGCAAUAGUGAAUGUCUGUCCCAGCGACACAGAUCCGUCUCAGCACAACAUGCAUAUGCUCUCUACUCCACAAUCGGGCUCAGUCUCACAGGAGCCGCCGCCGCCUGGCACCUGUGAUAGGGUUUACCAGACACACCAGGGCCGGAGUAGAAGUGAAUCAGAACCUGAUAUUUCGAGGCUGGGGCGACCGGGCACCAGCACUAUCAGCGCUAUCUUGAAUGAUGAUGACACCACUUUCAAUCCUGCCACUUUGACCACACAAGAAUCAUUGCAAGAUCCAGCUGACCCUAAUAUCACAGGGCACCUCUCAACUGCCGGUGGGGUUCUUAUGUGCAUGCCUACAACAUCUCUUACCGCACCAAUUGGGCCAAUACCUGGCCAAGGAGGCAUGGCCGCUGAGGAAAGCGGUCCUGGGGAUGUUAACUUUCACGUGCCUCAAGUGCAACAUGGUUAUCAGGUUAAAGCAAUCAAACCGAUAAUAGCGGAGGUGGCCGAGGUAAGCAAAUUAGCAGAUGUUCUUGGGAGCUACCUUUUCGAAGGUAUGAACAAGAGCCAGAUGCGACAUCGAGAGAAGGAUGAGAGGUUUGUGCCAUUUACUAAGACUAUACUGUUACAUCUGUGCUUUGGUUCAGGUGAGGAUUUUAAGUUGGACGUCUGGCUAUGUUCUUCGGUUGGGAGAGCCAUUUCGCAAGCACAAAUGGGAUCGGUUGAAGCCCUAAGGAGUAUGCUUGGUGAUUAUCUCUUCGACGCUAUGAAAGCCAGCGUUUGGAGGCAGAGAGAGGAGACACAGCGAGUGUCUGACCGCACUGAAGCCGUUCAAGUUUUUUUUCCCGAACAGCGAGGACAGCAGCGAUUGCAUACUGAGGGUACUAUUGUGUUUUGCGACGGGUAG